AUGGUCAGGAAGGGCUUUGAUUCACACUGGAUAGCGAGGGUGAUGCAGAUGGUGAUGAGUGGGAGGACGACCAUUAACAUCAAUGGAGAGGUUGGCCCAUACUUCCCCACGGCCCAGGGUGUUCGGCAAGGGGACCCGGUUUCCCCCUUCCUCUUCAAACUUGUGGUUGAUGCCCUGGCCGCCAUCUUAGACAAUGCCAAGGCCGUCGGGCAUAUAUCGGGGCUUUGCCACCAUCUCCUUGGUGCGGGUGGAAUCACACACCUUCAAUAUGCCGAUGACACAAUCCUGAUGGUCCAGGGGCCGGCUAGUGACAUCGCCCACUUGAAAUUCCUGCUCCUUUGCUUUCAGGAGAUGUUUGCCCUAACGAUUAACUUCUCCAAGAGUGAAGUUAUGGUAUUAGGCUACACAUACGAGGAGAAGCUUAGUAUAGCGAACCGACUCAAUUGCCGUCUUCGAACCUUCUCAACAACCUACCUCGGCAUGCCCAUUAAUGAUUCCCGGAUCCUGGAGAAGGAUUUGAGACUAGCGGUGGACAAAUUCCAACACCGGGUGGACUCAUGGCAAGGGCGUUGGUUGUCCAAAGCGGCUAGGAUGGUUCUGAUCAACUCGCCCGUGACGAGUUUAUUGAUGUAUUUAAUGGGAUUCUAUAGCCUGAAUGAAUCCCUGCAUCACAACAUUGCCAAGUACCAUUCCCGGUUUUUCUGGGCUGGGAAAGGUGACAAGCAGAAGUACCACAUGGUAAAAUGGUCGAAGAUUUGUAAACCCAAGGACCUUCCGCGUGUGGUGCCGGUGCCACUGCAACGAGGAAACGGCGAAGAAGAAGAGGUCGACUCAGGCCGAGACCCCGUCCCCGUGCUGCAGACAAUCGCCGACACCGCCGCUCGCUGCGGCGAGUCACGGGCGCUGAUACUCAACACCUCCGCGUCCAUGGAGGGGCUCACGCUCUCUGGCAUCGCACCGCACAUGCGCGACGUCUUUGCCGUCGGCCCCCUCCACGCCAGGCGGGCCAGAGCCCGACAAGCCGCAGCAGAAACAGAAACAGAGCACGUGAGCGGGGACGACAUGAGCUUGACGGCGUGGCUGGACGGCCACGAGGACCGGUCCGUGGUGUACGUGAACCUAGGGAGCCUCACGAUUAUCUCGAGCGAGCAGCUGGCCGAGUUCCUCCACGGCCUCGUCGCCGCCGGGUACGCCUUCCUGUGCGUGUUCCGGCGGGACAUGCUCCACCAAAUGACUGCCGCUGUGUCCCUCCGGGAAGCGGUGGAGGCGGUGGCGGGAGCCGGCAUCGACAGGGCGUUGGUGGUGGAGUGGGCGCUGCAGCGGGACGCGCACCACGUGCUGCGGCACCGCGCGGUGGGGUGCUUCCUGACGCACGGCGGGUGGAACUCGACGCUGGAGGCCGCCGUGGAGGGCGUGCCGGCGGUCUGCUGGCCCUUCUUCGCCGACCAGCAGACCAACAGCCGCUUCGUGGGGGCCGUGUGGAAGACGGGGCUGGACAUGAAGGACGUGUGUGACAGGGCCGUGGUGGAGAAGAUGGUGAGGGAGGCCAUGGAGUCCCCUGAGAUCAGGGCGUCGGCCCAGUCCAUGGCACGGCAGCUCAGGCUGGACGUCGCCGAGGGGGGCUCGUCGUCGUCCGAGUUGGAGCGGCUCGUUGGCCUCAUCACCGAGCUCAGCGCCGUGAAACCUGCUCCCGCUCUCACUUGAUUUAUAUGUGCCGAUUUGCCGUUUGUUGUAAUAAGAGGUGUGUUGCUAUAAUUUGAAACUGCGUGGAUUAUUUGGUACUGUUGUAAUCUGUUCGCAGACGUGAGACCAUCAUCUUUAUUGUGUUGAAAUAAUCGAGAAAUUAAUAAAGGAAAACUCUUCAAAU